UAUCACUUAAGUCAUUUACAAAGAAAAAAAAAAAUAAUUAGACCACAAAGCUCACAAACUAGUUCCCCGUCCUUCCCCAAAUCCCUAAAUCCAAGACCAAAACCCUAAUUCCUAACCGUAAUUUCUUUUGCUCCUGUCAGGAAACGCGUCAGUUGAGUGAAGAUGGUGUGCAUAAGGAAAGCAACGGUGGAUGACUUGCUGGCGAUGCAGGCCUGCAAUUUGUUCUGCCUGCCGGAGAACUACCAGAUGAAAUACUACUUAUACCACAUUCUCUCAUGGCCGCAGCUCCUCUACGUGGCGGAGGAUUACAACGGCAAGAUUGUGGGCUACGUCUUGGCCAAAAUGGAGGAGGAGACUACGGAGUGCCACGGCCACAUCACCUCGCUCGCCGUCCUCAGGACACACCGCAAGCUCGGCCUGGCCACUAAGCUCAUGACUGCUGCUCAAAAUGCAAUGGAACAGGUAUAUGCUGCAGAAUAUGUGUCAUUGCAUGUCAGGAAGAGCAAUAGGGCAGCGUUUAAUUUGUACACUGAGACACUAGGCUACAAGAUCCAUGAUGUGGAGGCCAAAUAUUAUGCGGAUGGGGAGGAUGCUUAUGAUAUGAGGAAGCAACUCAAGGGUAGGAAGCAUCACCACCACCACCACCACCACCACCAUCAUGGUGGUGGAUGCUGUUCCGCCGAAACGAAGGCAGAUGAAAAGCCUGGAUCAACUGAGGCCAAAACUGAGUGAUCAGAACUCAUUCAGGGGUCAGAGUUUUGUUAUUAAUGCUGUAUGUGAGUAUCGAAUCCUCUCUACACUUUGCUUGAUUUAAUAAAAAUUGCGCUGAAAGAGCCCUUUGUUUAUUAAUUUAUUUUGUCAGUGGAAGCUCAAAUAAUUGUGAUACAUACACAUGCUUUAACACAUGGCACAUUUUGGGUCUCUAUGUGAUGGCGCAGGCUUCUUUAGUGGUAGUCAUGCAUUUGGAGUUUAUUCUUUACUAUUUGGAGCCUGAACAAUUGGUUUGGGCAUGCCUAUUUGUUUAGGUUUCUCCUACAGGGUAUUCAUGGUGUAACUUAGAAAGCUUUUAAAUAUUCGUCAAUUUCUCUCUA